AUGGCAGCAGGAGCACAAAGAGGGACAGAUCCCCCGCAGAGGUGGAAUGGUGGCUGGGUGUGGGUGGUGGAUGGUGCAGAUCCUCACUGCUGCUGCCUGUCCUGAGCUUAGAUGGGGGAUAUUGAAGAGGUUUUUGCAUCCUUCUUGGCUGCUGAAGCAGUAGAAGGAGAGGAGGCCCUGCUAUAUCUGACAAGGCGCUGCAAGGGGCUGGCAGUGAGUGCGUGUGCCCAUGCUGUCUUCUUCUGCAGACUUCUGCAGGCCUUCAGGGUGAGCAGCACUGGGAAGACCUUGCUGACUUCUCUGGCAGAUAGCCACAGCCUGAAGGUUGGCAUUAUUGGUGGAGGCCGUCUUGGAAAUCACCUGGCCUGAGCACUGGUGGCAGUGGGUCGGGCUCCUUGCUCCAGUGUCCGCAUUUCUACCCGGCGCCCUGAGAGCCUGUCAGACUUGCAGAAACUAGGGCUCACCUGCUUCUACGACAAUGCGCAGCUGGCAGCCUGGGCAGACGUCCUGUUCCUCUGCUGCCUGCCAUCGCACAUGCUGUCCAUCUGCUCUGCAGUUCAGCCAGCCAUCCGGAAGCCCUGCAUUGUGUACAGCCUCGUCACUGCCGUUCCUCUGCCCAGGUUGAAGCAACUCCUUUGCUACAAUGCCAUCGUGAGGCCACAGUACCAGUGCCCUGGCAAGGAGCCUACAAAGGAGUGGGGGACAAAGGGGUCGGUCACAGAGGCACUGCAAGACCUUGCUGUUGUGCAGGCAACAUGCCCCCUCAGCUCCCAAGCGAAAAUAAAAGUCAAUGGCAAAUGGCUGGUGGCCAUUUUCUAUGCAGCCCUGAACAGCAGCAUGUGGCAGAGCCUGCCUCACCAGGAGGCACUGGCAUUGCUCAAUGACCUCUGUUUCCCUGGACACUGCCAUAUCUGCGCAGAGCAGAAAGCUUCCUGCCCACAGUUUACAUGCGAGAGUUUUGUCAGCAAAAGUUUUGCCUCUUCAAUGACUCAAGAGGAAACCUUCCCAUGGUUUGACCUGACAACUGCACAACUGAGAGAGUCUCCUUUUAGCCAGCUGCUAGAAAAGAGUGAGUCUGUCCAGAACCACCUUGCUCUGCUGUAUCAGUCAUCUUUUGGAGACUGGCCCACAAAGCAGUGUGUGCUGACCAGCGCCAAGACUUCUCCUACAUUAGCCAUACCAGAACCUGACGUGGUGUUGAUUAAGGACUCCUCACUGUCCACAACUUCUUUGAAAGUUUUUUCAGGAAUUCCAGAGGAAACUACUGACUAUGUUUCUAAAUCCUCAUAAACUGAAAUGAAGUCUAUGAUAUGCUGAGAUCUCGUCCCAAAGGGAUGAAUGCCCAGAGAUGUUGUCAACUCUUUUCCAUCCAUUUCCAUUGCUGGUCUCAGUAGUGUCUAGUGGAAGAACACACUGUAAGGACUUUGUAUUGCAAAAAUAAUGCCAAAAAGCAAAUAAACCUUUACUUAUCAAUUUCUUAA